AUGGGUGAAAAGAAAGUUGUUUAUCCAACAGAUUUGUUGAAUGAUUCCAACCAAAAUGAUGGAAUUAGUAAUGAUCCUACACAACAAUCAACUCAAUAUCAACAACAAAUUGAAGAACAAAUAAAGCAAAAACAUUCACAAAUACAGUCUAAAAAUGCUGCUAAUCUAAGACCAAGUGGUCCACAACCUACAAAUUCAAAAAUUUUGGAAUCAAAAGAUUUAAAACCAGUUAAAAUUAAGAAUUUACAACGUGAUAAUCAACCAACUCCAACUGAUUUAGCUUUAUCUUCAUUAAAAUGUCCUUCACCACCUCCAAUCCUAAAUAAUAGAGUAACUACAGGUCAAAAUGUUUCUUCAAAUUCAAUAAAUAAUAUUAUUCAUACUGAAUUUCAACAAAAAGAUUCAAAACAAACAAAUUAUGAUAAUAAUAUUAAUCAAACUAAUAAUGAAGAACAACAUAUUAAUCAACAAAAUUCACAAUCACAACCACAAUUACAACAAUCUCAAUCUCAAUUAGAUGGUUUACAACAUCCUCAACAAAAUAAUAAUUAUCAAGGUUUACAACAUCCAAAACCAACUGGAGUUACUAUAGAUGAUCCACAUUCAAGAUUAAUUAAUAGUCCAAGUACAGCUUCUCUUAAAGGUACUGUUCCAGCUGGUGGUGCUUUUCUUAGAGGUAGAGCUGCUGCUACUGCUGUAGUAGCUGCCGUUGCUGCUCAAACUGCAAGAGAUCGUGUGGGGUCUCAAAGUCCAAAAACCAAUAGUGCAUCAUCAACACCUGGUAAUGAAAUUUUAAGUCAACAAUCAUCAUCAAAUCCACCACCAAUUUUAGAAAGAGGUCAAAGUGGUAGUAUAAGUGGUGGUUCACCUCAAAAUGGUCAAGUUUUAUAUCAACAUUAUACACCAAGUUCAAGUGUUUUAAGUUCACCAAGUAAUGAACAUCCUCCAAAUAAUUCAAAUUAUGGUAAUUAUCAACAUCAACAAAAUUAUUUAAAAAGUCCAGAUAUGCAUGCACAUUUUUAUGUUGAAGAUACUAUACGUCAUGGAGGUGUUAGAUCAAGAUCAAAUAGUGGGAGUGCAAAUUAUGAUCAAAGAAAUAUAAGAGGUGUUUUAGAUGAAGGUAGAUCAAAUUCAAAUCAAGGUUUAACAACUCAAGGUCCAUCAACAAAUUUCCAAUUACCUCAAUUAAACAAAUCACCUUCAUCUUUAAGUCAACCACAACAACAAAAUCAACAAAAUUCACAACAAAUUGGUGGACAAAAUCAACAAUCUCAACAAUCACAACAACAAACACAAUCACAACAACCUGGUAAUAAAGAUGCAAAUCAAAAUAUUGAUCCAAGAUUACCAGAAGAUGAUGGUAAAUUACAUAUUUUAUUUGGUGCAUGUGGUUCAAUUGCUUCAAGUAAAAUUAAAUUAAUUGUUAAAAAAUUAGAAUCAAUUUAUGGUAAAGAUAAAAUUUCUGUUCAAUUAAUUUUAACAAGUGCAGCAGAGCAUUUUGUUUCAAGAGAUGAUUUUAAACCAAAUUGUACUAUAUGGAGAGACAAAGAUGAAUGGGGUACAUGGAAAAAUAGAACAGAUCCUGUUUUACAUAUUGAAUUACGUCGUUGGGCUGAUAUUUUAAUUGUUGCACCAUUAACUGCAAAUACUUUAUCAAAAAUUGGUUUAGGUCUUUGUGAUAAUUUAUUAACAAAUGUUAUUAGAGCUUGGAAUACUCAAUUUCCAAUUUUAUUAGCUCCAUCAAUGGUUACUUAUGCAUAUAAUUCUGCACCAACUAAAAGACAUUUAAAAACUAUUAAAGAAGAAAUGCCAUGGAUUGAAGUUUUAAAACCAGUUGAAAAAAUCAUUGGUAUUAAUGGUGAUAUUGGCAUGGGAGGUAUGAUGGACUAUAAUGAAAUUGUUGAUAAAGUUGUUCAUAAAUUAGGUGGUUAUCCAGAUGAAGAUGAUGAUGAUGAUGACGAUGAUAAUGAAGAUGAAGAUCUUGGAGAUGAUAAAGUUAAUCUUGAUAAUGAUGAUAACGAUGAUGAUGACGACGAUGACGAUGAUGACGACGAUGAUGAUGAUGAUGAUGAUGAUGACGAUAAUGACGAUGAUGAUAAUGCAUUAGAUGACGAUGAUGAUGAAGAAGAUGAUCAUACUAAUGGUGAUUCAACAAUAAGGAAACCAGAUAGUGAAGAAACAAAAGAAAAAGUUAGUCAAUUAACAAAAGGUAUAAGGAAAGUCACAGUUGCUGAAGAAGAUGCAUUAGCAGCUAAACAACAAAGUUAA